AGGCUUUCCAGUGCUGAGAACGAAGGAAGAAGACUGCGUUAGCACUUCCUGCUGGCCAGCAUGAUACCCUGGGGGCUGCUGUCCAAGGCCUGCUGGAUUUCGUUCAUCUCUCUGCUUCCAGUCUGCUCUCUGCUGUCCCCAGGUACCCAGGGGCAGGAGUUACAGCUGCGAGUCGAGCCCCAGAACCCAGUUGUGCGUGCUGGAGAGUCCCUUUUGGUAAAUUGCAGUAUAGAUUGCCCCAGCGCUGAACUCAUCUUCCUGGAGACGCCCCUACUCAAGCAGUCAGCAGGCAGUGGCCCGGGCUGGGCAGCAUUCCGUCUCAGCAAUGUGACUAAUGACACCGAGCUCCUCUGCUCUGGCUUCUGCAAUGGCUCCCAGAUGACAGGCGUCUCUAACAUUACAGUGUACCGAUUCCCGGAGCGAGUGGAGCUCGCCCCCCUGCCUCCCUGGCAGCCCGUGGGCAGGAACCUCAACCUGCGCUGCCAGGUGGCUGGUGGGGCGCCCCGGGACCGCCUCACCGUGGUGCUGCUCCGCGGGGAGGAGAAGCUGGACCAGCAACCAGUGGGAAAGGGGGAGCCUGCCGAGGUCACGGUCACGGUGCUGGCGAGCAGAGACAACCAUGGCGCCAAUUUCUCUUGCCGCACGGAACUGGACCUGCGGUCCCAAGGGCUGGGACUGUUCCACAACAGCUCGGCCCCCAGGAAGCUCCGAACAUUUGCCCUGCCCAUGACCCCCCCGCGCCUCGUUGUUCCCCGGUUCUCGGAGGUGGAAACGCCGUGGCCCGUCCACUGCACCGUGGAUGGACUGUUCCCAGCAUCGGAGGCCCAGGUCCAACUGGCGCUGGGGGACCAAAUACUGAAUGCCACAGUCGUGAGGCACGGUGACACACUCACGGCCACAGCCACAGCGAAAGCAGAGCAGGAGGGCGCCCAGGAGAUUGUCUGCAACGUAACUUUGGGGGGCGAGACCCGCGAGACCCGGGAGAACGUGACCGCCUAUAGCUUCCAGGGGCCCAACCUGACCCUGAGCGAGCCUAACGCCACGGAGGGGAUCACAGUGACUGUGGCUUGCGCGGCCGGUCCCCGAGUCCAGGUCACGCUGGACGGAGUUCCAGCCGUGGGACCGGGACAGCCUGCCCAACUUCAGCUAAACGCCACAGAGAAGGACGACUGGCGUACCUUCUUCUGCAAUGCCACCCUCGAGGUGCAAGGGGUGAUCCUGCACCGUAACGAGAGCGUCCAGUUGCGUGUCUUGUACGGCCCCAAGAUUGACCGAGCUAAAUGUCCCCAGCACUUGACGUGGAAAGAGAAGGUUAAGCAUAUCCUGCAAUGCCAGGCCCGGGGCAACCCGGACCCCAAGCUACGGUGUCUGCAUCAAGGCUCCAAUAUGUCGGUGCCCAUCGGGAUCCCAUUCCUUGUCAGAUUAAACCAUAGUGGCACCUAUGAUUGCCAAGCGGCCAGCUCACGGGGCACAGACAGUCUGACAGUGCUGAUGGACGUUCAAGGUCGGAACCCCACCGCCAUCACCAUUGUCCUGGGGGUGUUAACGAUGCUGGGCCUGGUGAUUCUCGCUGCGGCCUCAGUGUUCGUCUUUGGUGUGAAGAAGCGGCGUGACACCUACCAUGUGAGGAAAAGCAGCAGCUGGUUGCCCCUCAAGGGUAAAAAUCAAGACGAGCCUGCGGCAGAGUUAUCCUGAGCCUCAGAGUGCCGUGAUAGUGGGCAAAGACGACGGGAGUUUGGCUGUAUCCCCGAAUUCUGCACUAAUAAAGGCUUUAAAAUCCGCACACUGUGACUUGAUUCCAUCCCACUGCUUGCGCG